AUGAUCAACACACUCCUUUUAAGCGGCAGUCUUGCUGCGCUUCUGGGCGUCGCGUCUUCUCAGACCUACGAUGCGACAGUCUGUGGAAAGGAAAGGGUUGGCGAGUUCAAUGAUACUAUCAUGUACUACCCCAAUGCCUGGAAUCCCAAGAGUCCCGAGAACGGUCAUGUCUGCAUGUCCGUUGACGAGAGCGGACCUUCUUUUGACGUUGUCUGGAACUGGCCUGAGAACAUUGAGGAUGUGCACUCGUACCCCUACGUUCGUCUCAACCACGAGAAUCUGCCCACAAAGCUGAGCACCAUUCGCGAGAUGAAGCUCAAGACCGACUGGACCAUGACUCUCGGUAACCCCAGCAGCCCACCCCGUGACUUUAGCACAAGCACCUGGGACGACAACAAGGAGGAGCUUCUCGAGGCUGGCGUCAUCUGCAAUGCUGCUUGGGACUUCUUCUUCGAUGGGGAUCGCAUGAACACGUACAACCCAGUCAACUCGUCAUACGAGGUCAUGAUCUGGCUCGGUAAAAUUGGCUCCGGUGCGCAGCCGCUCGAGGGUGACAGCAUUUUGACGAACAUGACUGUUGGUGACCACGAAUUCUCUCUCUGGUACAACACCAACUCUGGCGGCCGCCAUGUCUUCACUUGGGUCACUCGCGAUGGCAAAGACGUGAACGAGUUUGACGGUGAUGUCGCCCCUCUUCUCGAAUACAUCUUGUCAAACCCUUCCGAUAUCGAAGACUUCCCCUCCGACCCCUGGUUGGGCCUUGUUGAAUUCGGCUCGGAAACAUGGUUUUCUAACGAGAAUGUAACUUUCUCUGCUGCCAACUUUGGAAUGGAGCUCGACGCCGAUGGCUACGAUGGUGCUCGCGAUGACGACAACAGCGGCAGCAGCAACAACAACAACAAUGGCGGCUCCAGCAACGACAAUGACAGCGCCGGCGCGGCCAUCAGCCUUUCAACUCUGACGCUCGUUAUGCCCGCGGCUAUGGCACUGGCGGUUGCGUUUGGUUUCUAA